AUGCAGUGGCGAAAACACGUACGCAUCAAGUACGGUGGUCGAGUUGGUGUUGGUCAAGGGCAGCAAGAGGAAGACCAGGUGCAGGUGCACGAAGUGCAGUUGCAAGGAGAAAGGUGUGCUCGACUCAAUUACGUUUAUCAUCAACCUCGGCGUUGCAAUAUCAGUCCGACCAUAAUGCUUUGUUGUGGCCGGAGAAAAGAAGGAAGAGGAGAAGUAAACGACAUCAGUGCCAGUCCUGGUCGACAGGCUCCCACAACUCAAUUGCGACCUAAGGAUCCUCCUGCGAUGGUAAUACAGGGAGAUUUCCGAAAGGUUAGUGGGAUAAGCACAGAAAUUUUCAAACAAAUUGAAACGGUUGAAAAUGAUCAUGAUGCAUCAACUGCGGCUGCUCUCGAAGUAGUAGAAAGACGUGGAGAAAUGGUAGUUCGAACUAUCGAACCUCGACAAAUGGGCAGACAAGCUGCUGAAGCGGCUAAGAAAUUGACAGCGUUUCAGGACUCCAAACAUCUUAUACACUUCGUAGAGAUAAUAAAGAGGCCAGGUCAAACGUUGGGCUUGUAUAUACGUGAAGGAAAUGGGAUUGAUCGAAAUGAUGGUGUUUUCAUCUCUAGAAUAGCAAUGGAGUCAGCAGUUUACAACAGCGGUUGUUUGAAGGACUCCAAACAUCUUAUACACUUCGUAGAGAUAAUAAAGAGGCCAGGUCAAACGUUGGGCUUGUAUAUACGUGAAGGAAAUGGGAUUGAUCGAAAUGAUGGUGUUUUCAUCUCUAGAAUAGCAAUGGAGUCAGCAGUUUACAACAGCGGUUGUUUGAAGGUUGGAGAUGAAAUUUUAGCUGUUAAUCUUGUAGAUGUGACGCAUAUGAGCUUAGAUGAUGUAGUAAUUAUAAUGUCAAUACCACGAAGAUUAGUUUUGGCAACACGACAUGGACCUCAUCAAACGAUUGCUCAAACUCGUCAAAAUGAGCAUAGACCUCCACCCGUUGUAGUAAUCAAACGAGAACUUAAUGAGGAUGAAAGUGAUCACAUAACGAGUAACCAUAUUAGAGACAAUAACAGACGCAGAGGCGAUGGAAGAGAAAUGCUUCCAUCUCGAUCAAGACUUGGUCUCAAUGGUUUAGAGUCGAAUCAAGACAUUAAUACUAGCAAUGGUGAUCUCUAUUACAAUUCAAGGCCUGAAGGACAUUGGUCAUAUCAACCUCCACCACCUCCAAUCAUAACACAUCAACCAAAACCUUCUACAACUCAACAUUUUCAGCCGUAUGAACGAGGAUAUCCAAAAACUUUGGAAAGUUUAGCUGAAAAAGUACAUUCAUUUUACACAAGUCCUAUGAUGCCUAAUGGUAAUCGCCGAAUGUCAGCGAGUGGUGGUAUUCAAUCAACAGCGAACACUACUAGACUUUCAGGGCAAUCCCAAGGCUAUGGAUAUUCCCAGCAUACACCGAGUGGGAGAAUAAUGCCUCGGAGCGGCUCAGAUCAGCAUCUUACGCGAGUAGAUUAUUCAAAUAUUUCGACUCCAGCGCGACAUACUCUAUUGAGAUCAAAUUUGAAAUCAGGUUCUUCUACAUUACGAUAUAAUACGAGGUACGGAACUCAAGCUGAUACUUCAUCGACAUCACAACGAAGUCAGAAUCAAUUUGGGAUUCUUACAAGACGACACCGACCUUCUAUAGAUUAUGCUUCCGAUACUGAGGCUACUUGUUCUAACUCUCCAAGAUCAACGUAUUAUUAUUACAGACAAAAUAUGAAAGAUCAGUCUCAGAGUAACGCAGUAUCUCAUUUAGCAACAAUGUCAAGGACUCAAAUAGGUCAAAGUUCUGGUGGUUUGAGAUCUAACUCACUACCUCGAAGUGGUCGAUCCUUGCCACAACAGCCAAGUCUUCGAACAGGACUCACGACUGUCGCUUCAGGUCUUAUAGAUCAAGAAGACAGUGAUGGUGCGCUUUCAGCACCGGAGUUACCGUCAUUUAGAAGAGACAGAGGGAGAAUACCUUCUUCUCCCAGUGUAUUCACAUCUGAUGAAUAUCGAGCGUGGUUGAGUCGGACACCAAGUACGAGUGCGUUAUAUGAACAAAUAAGAGCAACAACUAGUAGACCACCGCGAUAUACUUAUAGUGCUGAAAAUAUUCACGCAGCAGUCAAUCAGAAAACAGAUUUAGGGAACUACGGCUCGUAUAGGCCUUUACCAGGUACGCUUGAUCGGCUUUCUACAAGAUCUGCAUCUGCUCAACAAGUUAAUUUAGCCAAUUUACGAGCAUCGACAGCUGUAAGUUCAACAUCACAUCGAGCUGGACCAGGACAAAGAUCUACUUCCGUCACUCCAAAUGCUAGAUCUGUUCUAACCAGUCAAAAACCUUCCUUGAAUUCAGUUGCUAAUCAGAGAGCUAAUUCAGUAAGAAGAAUCAGAAAUUUGUUAGAGCUGGAACAAACCAGAAAUAUACCUACACCAACGCCGACAAGAACACAAGAUCAAAGGCUGUUAGAUAUUAAUCCUUCCGAAUUUUUAAAGUAUAAAAUUGAAAAACCACCAACAGUUGGCACGCCUAAUUCAACAAGUUCAUUAUUGAGUUCUCUUGGAGAGUCAUCAAGUAGUGAUUUUGCUAGUGGAGUCAGUGGACUUCUUUGGGUCCAUCUUUUAGCGGGGCGUGGUCUGCGAUCAACGACUUCUUCAUCAGCUGCUACAACGCCAUCUACACCAUCAGGUCAACCAAAUAUUACUUCUUGUGGCUUAAGAGAUCUCUACUGCGUUUUAGAAUGUGAUCGAGUCCACAAGGCUCGUACGGUUGUACGAACUGGUGAUCUUAUGUUUGAUUGGGAUGAAACUUUCGAGUUGGAUUUAGUUGGGAAUCGUCAACUUGACCUACUCGUUUACUCUUGGGAUCCUCAACACAGGCAUAAGUUAUGUUAUAAAGGAUCAGUUCAUCUUGCGACAUUACUCAAAGAGUCUCCAAUACAUCAAUUAGCUCUUAAAGUUGAGCCAAGAGGAACUAUUUAUUUAAGAUUACGUUAUACAGAUGCUCAUCAGACAUUCAAACGACGAGGACUUCCGGUGAUAUCCUUAGCUACUAGAAUUGCUCCUCUUUUCGGAGUCGAUUUAGAUACAGUGGUGAGUAGAGAAAGUAAGACUGGCGGAGUACCGGGUGGAGUUUCUACAGCUUUAUCCGUGAAUAAUAAUAUGAAUAUUCCAAUAAUUGUAUGGCGUUGUGUAGAGGAAGUUGAAAGACGUGGACUCGAUAUAAUUGGAUUGUAUAGACUUUGUGGAUCUGCUACUAAAAAACGAAUACUUAGGGAAGCUUUUGAGCGUAAUGCUCGAUCAGUAGAUCUUUCUCCUGACAACGUACCCGACAUAAAUGUUAUUACGGGAGUACUCAAAGAUUAUUUAAGAGAAUUACCAGAACCACUUUUCACCAAGUGCCUCUAUCAAAUGAUGGUUGAUGCAUUAGCGGUAUGUCUCCCUGAUGAUCCGCAAGGUAAUGCUAAGCUAAUGUUUAGUAUACUUGACUGCUUACCAAAAGUCAAUAAGUGUACCUUGAUAUAUCUCCUAGAUCAUUUAGCGUUGGUUUUGUCUCAAUGUAACAAAAUGUCACCAGCUAGUUUAGCAGUUUGUUUUGGACCAGUAUUAAUGUUACAUUCCGAUGAUGCGACGCAUUUAGAUUUUCAACAACCAAUUGCAGUUUUAAAAUACCUCCUCGAAAUAUGGCCAGUGAAGUCAGUUCGGAAGACUUCUUCAGUCGGUUCAACACUUCCUCGAGUUACGCCAAUAAUCGGACUUACCAGCAGUACCAGCAGCAGCAAUAUUAUCAGCAAUCAUCAUCCAUCACUGCCGCAACUUCACCAAUUGUCUCAGCAUCAACAAAAUCCAGUAUAUCCGGGUGCAUUAACUCGAACCAUGCUGCCUUGGCAGCCGCCACUCUCACUUCAUCAUCCGCCAACCAAUUCAAAUCCUAUGGGAUACGGCCUAUCCACUCGUCCACCUCUACAAAUCAAGCAGCGACAGGUGGUAGUAUCGUCUCCCGGUUCACCUAGCAGUGAGGAGUCAGCUUCACCUGAACCAAAUAAUAAGAACUCACAAAAUAAAUUCAAUUCAAUAAUGAGUGCAACAAAACUAUCUACAGCAACAUAUAAUGAAACUACACCUUCAACUACAACAACAACAAUAACAACAACAACGACUACAACAACAAUUAAUACGAUUCGACACGAACAAAGCACGCCUACAAGUAGUGCGAAUACUGAAGAAGGCAAUAUUAAUUCAAGUGAACAUCAACGACGAAUCGAACAUGAUACUGAGGCUAGUCAUGAUGAUCUCAUUUUAAAAAAUAAUAAAUCUUGA